GGGGGAUAAUAAUCGAAUCGCAGGUCGCAUGAUUGGUGACCAGCUGGUGGUGGGAAGGCACGAGAGCGAGGACGCUUACGAGAGCGUGGCCAGCGAGGGUAGAUGCUCGCUCGAGUUCCUCGCCACGCCCAGGGAGGCUGGUGGGACCUACGACUCGCGAUCCAUGUCGAAGGUCAUCGAUUACGGGAGAAGAUACGAUCACCAGUUUCCUACCACCUGUGGGGGGGAGUACACCGAAACGGCGUUAACGGAGCCGGUGAACGGGCUUCAAGAUUACAGCAGCAGCAGCGCGAACAGCCUCGACGAUCUUUGCCGCGGGCACCGCCAGCGCGCCCUCAACGACUUCAACCGGGGGGAGGACGAGUCGGCGGGCACGCGGGAUCAUUACAUGGUUCCCACCAGAGACCCGAGAGAGUUGAACGAGAGGAUACUUUCGCUGUUCAAUCCACAGUUCCUGCCGAAUUUCAACGACAUGAUCAUGUACGUAGCGAACCAGUACGACGCCAGACGAAGCCCGCCACCUAGGUCGCGCUCGAUGGCGGACGGGGAGGAUCGAUUGUUCAGGCGGUCGAGCAGCUGUCGGAAGAAACGCGUUGGCGCGAGUUCCAUGUUCUUCCGCCGUGGAUUGACGUACGAAGCGGCGCGCAAGUGACACCGGCUGUCCCCGUUCGGAUUCAAACGAAGGAUAGAACGUUGGGUCGAUCGAGUGACGCGCGAUAAAACGUAAGGGACGACGCUUGGACACUUUGUUGUCCUGGCUGCCGGAAGGAAUGGAUGGAGAUCGAAACGAAGCUUGGUGGAAAAGAUUGGGACAGGCCGCUACUUGGAAGGAAACUGUGACUGGUCGAUUGGUUCUUUCUUGGAGAAAUUGGUUGGAUCAUCGUUUCUCCUUAACCGAUGAUCUCGUCCUUCCUGAUGUUAAAGGGAGAAGAACUUUUUUUUUGUUCCUUGCGGUGAAGCAGAGUUCACGCAAGGGAAGACCACGAUAUUAUUAUGCAUACCUAAGUGUCGGCGUUACCUGAGAUGUCUCGAGGAUGUGGUGUACUCGAGAGGCACGGAUUUCAUUUUCGUCGUCUUUCAAAAUACGACCAGAUGUGUACAGAACGAGCGGUACGUUUCAAGUCCACGUGCUUCCGGUGUCACGUGUCGUAUCGUCCGAUAUAUUAUGCACCGCGAGAAGAACAGAGACACACGCGUACUUUGGAACUAUUUUUUUAAGAUAAUAAUUCACAAUUCAGGCUCUCUCCGAAUGUCUUAUAUAUAAGCGCGGCAUCGCGUGUCGGACGCUCCAACACAACUUGAGCUAAUUUUUGUACAGAAUUCGAACGAUUUUCGAGUUCUUCCUUUCCGUUUCUCACUAGUACGGCAAUGGAGGGAAUACAAUGGGAAAUGAAGGGACACAAAGCAAAAAAAAAAAAAAAAAAAUUGAUGGAGUAUCAAACAAAGCAGCAAACAACGACGAUGGGACAAAGGAUCGGACUCCGUAAUGUGAUACGAUCUGAGGAGAGUUCUGUGUUCGUAGCAGUGGCCUGCUUAGGUGCUUAGAACCGCGGUGAUUUAAGGACGUAGACGAAGCGUCUUUUCCCACUCGGGCCCACGUUUCUCAAACUACCCUUCCUUGAACAGUAACAAGGGAAAUAAACUGAACAAGAUGGAAAGGAAACUUAUCGAACGAGAUUCGUUUUACGAGAGAGAAAAAAAUAAAAAGAAUCGCUUGCUAUGAAAUUCGCCUAUCAAAUUCGCUUUGAUCUUAGAGAGAUAAGGUUGAAGAUAGUUUCAACGAGAAUAUAAAAAUAUAAAAAGUUAAUAAGAGGUUACAAGGAGAUGAUUUUGUAAAGAGAAAAGAGGUAUUUAAAAGGAGAGGUUGAAGUUUGAGAAACGUGGAUCUCGUUGGAGGGACGUUUCGAAAGCAUUCGCGGGAGACGAGGCGUGCCUUCCGUAUAUUAAUUGUUGGCAAAUUUCUGAUCUAUAAAAAACAGGAACGGGAGAAUGCGGCCGGUAUAGAUUCGGGCAAGUGCCUCAUUUAUGCGUUUCGUUUAAAAAAAAAAAAUGAAAUAUUCGAUAGAGGAGAAGGGGUGGGGGAACGACGAUAUAUGGGUGGUGAAUAUGAAAAAAAAAAAGGGUGAGAAAGAGAGCGAGCGAGAGCGAAAGAGAGAAAGAGAGAUUGAGAGAGAUAUAAUAGAGACUUAUGUAAGACUUAUUCGAAGUAUUGUUGUGCACUUAUUGCCGUGCUGUGAGUAUAUUGGUUAUUAGCAAGAGAGAAUUUUGUAGUGUUUGAGGCACGAGUACGGUUAUUAAAAUGAAAAAAAAAAAA